AUGAGAUUUAUUUUGAUUCUCAGGAUUUGAAUGAUACUCGGAGACAUAAAUAUGUAAGUAGAAGUGUGAGCAAAUAUUUUAUUGGUAUGAAAUGCAUGUAAAGAUGCAUGAUUUACAUUCCUUAGAUGUUUAAUUUAUAUGCGUGGUGCUGCUAUGUGUGGUGCCAUGUGUGGUGCCAUGUGUGGUGUCAUGUGUGGUAAAAUGUGUGGUGCCAUGUGUGGUGCCAUGUGUGGUGCCUUGUGUUAUAUCAUGUGUGGUACUAUGUGUGAUGCUAUGCGCGGCGCUAUGCGUGGUGCCAUUUUUGUUGCUAUGUGUGGUGCCAUGUGUGGUGCUAUAUGUGGUGCUAUGUGUAAUAUUAUAUGUAGUGCUAUGUGUUGUGCUAUAUGUGGUGCUAUGUGUGGUGAUUUAUAUGGUGCUACGCGUGGUGAUAUAUUAUGUGGGGCUAUUGUAUUGAUAUAUGUAGGGCUAUGUGUAAUGCCAUAUGUAGUGUUGUGUGUGGUGCUACAUGCGGUGCUAUGAAAAUUUAGGAUAUGUUUGUAGCAAGGGCAGGGCUAGUUGGGCAUGUUAGCUCGCUGAUGUUAAAAUGAGUCGGCGAUGAGAUACUUUCCACUCAAGUGGCGUAACUAGACGCAUCUCCACUGGGAACACCCUGAAAAGAGGCCGUCAAAUCAAAUAGUGUAUUUUAAUGUUAAGCAUGUCAUUUAAAAAAAAGGCAUUAUUGUUUUAUUUUGAUCAUUGCGAGUGGACACCCACCUUCAAGUCCCCUGCAUUGAAACGCCCACCCUUAACCCCCCACCCCCCCCCCCCCACCUCCACCACCGUUACCCAAUGUAUUAUUAAUGGCCAUGCGGCUGAAAGGAAUUUAAUAGAUAUAAACAACCCACCUCCACCACCGUUACCCAAUGUAUUAUUAAUGGCCAUGCGGCUGAAAGGAAUUUAAUAGAUAUAAACACAUUUUUGUUCUACGGUUCAUGAACUUCCAUAAUGUUAGCCUGAGCCCAUCUUUAUAAACAAAUUCAGUAGCUGUUCAUCGCUAUUAUCGUCUUAUGCCAAAACCAAUGACCACAUUGAAGAACUCAUUUAUUUCACCAAGAGAGACGGUUUGAGGUGGCUCAAAAGGGGAGGGGUGUGCUUCGGACACCUGCACUUAAGAGAUUCACUGGCAGUUGUGUUAAUUUGAGAUGUAUAGGCCCAAUACUUGGCUGUGUCCAAAGUCCUCAUAGGUCUUGAUCCGGUCUUUCUAUUUUAUUUGCGAAUGUAAUGCGUCCUUGAUGUUCUCAUCGUAUUCUUGUGACACCGUGAAAGUACGUUUAUGUAUUCUGCAUUGCUGUUCCUCUGUGUAGCUGUAAACCGUUUGUAUAAACGAAAUACCGUCUCAUGUAAUUAUCUGCCUAAUGAGUGGCGACGCUCUAUUAGGUGUUAAUACGAGGUUAAUCAUUUUGACUUCUUUGCAAAAGGACAAAAUACAAAGGCAUAGCGAGACAUUUUGUGCCCCCAGGGGUGGAGUUUGAGUUGGCCCUUCACCCCGAAAAGUAUAGUGCGUUUAGGCACAGGGGUACCUGAUAUAAAGAACCUUUAAAUAGCGAUGCCUCUGGCAUGUGCGCUAACUCACCCCGAAACGUAGUAAUUAGCACUAGCUGAACCUGAAAAUAGCACCAACCCUGCAAAUAGCACCACUGCAGCAAGUGUUUGUGUUAUAUCCAGUGUUUACUCUUAUAGAAACGUGCCUGAAUGUCAGUUUGAACAUUGUUAAGGAGAGGGGAGAAACAAUUCCAGGGCGGUCAAAAGGUCCCGAGCCAAACCAAGUGUGAGCAGGGGUUCAAGAGAAGGGAUCCUUAAACCUUCCCCACCAUCCCAUAUUUAAAAAAAAAUCCAUUCAAAAUAGCAUGAUUAAUUUAGGCUUGCAGAGCUCUAGAGAAGGCACGGUCUGACUCAGCUUCCGGAGAUGCGCCAUCAGCUUUCUGAACCUACUGCACAAGAAAAUUUCGUGCCAGAAUCGCCUCAUCAGGCCAUCUGCAGACACGAUCAGAAUUAGCAUAAAUCUGAUGAGUAAAGUGGUCAUGGUCGACUUCCGACUGACGAACGACAACAAAAUUAAAUGAAUGGUCAAAUAAAAAUAUACUUUGCUUCUUUUAAUCAUUUUCUUUUUGUCACCUUUGGCUGAAAAGGCCGGAAACUGUUACACGUAAAAAAAAAAGACGGAUCAAUCAUCAACCCACCACGCCCCCCUUUUUUUUUCUACGUCACUAACCGUAUGCCCUUUACAAGCAACCCUUCUACUUGCUUUACAUUAAUGCAAUGCUUUACCGCCAUCAUAUGUGCUCACUGUUAAUGGUGUACUGCUGCUGGAGCAUGCCAUUUAGCUUUGGACAUCUGUAUUAAAUUACAGUUUCUUUUAUGAGGUGCUCUAUUGUGCUCGGUGUCAUCAAAUGACUAUUGUUAUUAUAUUAUGUUAUGGGAGUGCGUCUAUUUAUAACUUGUGCUGCAAUUACGAUUCAUUGUGAAUACUGGGUCAUUGAUUGUUGACAUAACAGUGGCGAAUCCAGAGUAUGUUAGAGUUAGGAGGAAGGCUUAGAACAACUGUAGACAACAUAACGAGUUUGAUUUCAAUGAAGAUUUACACGUGUAGUUACAGAUUAUGUUAUGAAAUGUUGUUAGGUUAAAGUUGUAAAACAAGUUUAAAUCGACGCUAUUGUGGAGAUGUGUAUUGAAGGGCAGUGUACUUAUUAUUAUUUAGAAAUCUUGUGUGUUGCUUAAACUAUGGGUCGGGAAUAGGACAUCACACCCACCCGCCAGAGCCCUCCAGACCAUACUUCUUUUAGAAACGCCCCUGUCGAUCUGUUGUAUUGUUGUAUGUUUUUUGUUUUAUUUGUGUGUGUGUGAAUGGCGUCCAAAUAUUGCAGCAUACAGGUGCGUAUCUAGGAAUAAAGAGUAAAAAAAAAAUCAGAAGUUGAUUGGUAGUAUGGCAUGUUUUUCACUGUCACAAUAUGGAGGCAUGUAUUUAUUGUCACAAUAUGCUGGCAUAUUUUCACUGUCACAAUAUGGAGGCAUGUUUUCACUGUCACAAUAUGGAGGCAUAUUUUCACUGUCACAAUAUGGAGGCAUGUUUUCACUGUCACAAUAUGGAGGCAUAUUUUCACUGUCACAAUAUGGAGGCAUGUUUUCACUGUCACAAUAUGGAGGCACAUUGUCACUGUCACAAUAUGGUGGCAUGCAUUUAUGGUCACAGUAAGGAGGCAUGUAUUUAUUGUCACAAUAAGGAGUCAUGUAUGUAUUGUCACAAUAUGAAAGCCACGUUUUUCACUGUCAUAAUAUGGAGGCACGCAGUUUGACUUGUAACACAAAAUGUAUGAUAGUAGGACGAUACAUGCCUAACAAGAGCAAAUCUCACAGCUCCAUGUCUUAAGCAAUGCCAUAGAUUUGAUCGAAGAUAGUCUUCUUCUUUACACCUGACAGUAAUACUCGAAAAUCCCACCUGACAGUUAUACUCUAACCUCCCACCUGACAGUUAAAUUCUAACCUAACUCCUGACAGUUAUAAUCUUAUCUCACAUCAGACAGUUAUACUCUAACCUAACGCCUGACAAUUAUACUAACCUAACACCUGACGGUUAUGCUCUAGCAAUACAUGCACCUGACAGUUAUACUCUAACCUAACCCCAUACAUUUAUACUCUAACCUAACAACUGACAGUUUUAAUCUAGCCUCAAACCUGACAGUUAUAAUCUAGCCUCACACGUGACAGUUAUAUUCAAACACCACAUCUGACAGAACCCCUGUGAGCUAUGCUCUAUUUCAACAUAUCUAUGUAUGGUCAGAUCAGACUAACAUUGAAUUAUAAUUUUGUACGGAUCCCCAGCCUCCUCAGCAAGAUCCGCCCAUGUAUCGGCGCGUAGGUAAACACCCGUAAACGUCAUUUCAAGAGUUUGAUCCCGUUGAUAUUAAUCUCCGCCUGCGUCAAUGAACCCAACCCAAUCGCUCGAUCCCACCUGGCUCAUUCAAGUCUCAAACGUACCUCAACCCCUUUUAUAACACUAGUAAAUAUGGUUUAGUGCCCAUUCAGUGAAGUCAGUCAAUAAUGACCCGAUGACACAGGACAAUCACCUGGGUCUGUGGACUUCUUUGAGGCGCGUCGUUGACUGAUCUUCUCAACUGCUUGCUCUGUAUCGAUCGGGCACGUAUUGUAGCUUUCAGAGUUUAAAGGAUAUUUAACUUAAGAUAGACGUCUAGACCGAUUCAUUGGACUGCAUUGCAAAGUUCUUGUGGAGGGCAUGUGCGCACGUCGAACACGUGUGUUUGUGUACAUGUCGUCGUAUGCAACGCAUGUUGCUAUUGAUGGUUGAUGCAAGUGUGAUGGUGAAAUAUUACAUAAAAACCCCAUUGAUCUGUAUUGAUAAAUUCAUGCUCAUAAAGCUCAAACGACGUUACGAAACAUAUGUAGUUGGUGUGUUGUGUUUUUUGAAAUGCGUUGGUUAUAAAUUGGAGUGCUUUUCAAUAUUCCAACGUGGAUUACGGGUACUCAAAACGGAUUAAACCUAUCGUCGUGUGUCGGGGCCGCAGAUAUCCAGACAGAGUAGCAGAAAACAAAUAUAAUGUAAGUAAGCUCGUAUUUCAUUGCUACUUACCGGUCAAGUGGAUACAUUUAAAUCUUAGAGAGUUCUGGUGACGCAAUCGGCGUGUGAUUGACGCAUUUUCACUGAUACUAGCUGUGACCACGUUGGUACACGUGUACAAUACGGAAAGAGUUGCAUCAUCUAUUAUAACUAUUCCAGAUGGCACUCCAUGUGUAUAUUAACCGUUGCUUAGUUGUAUUGAUUCUGCAUGGAUACAUUUGGUACGUACGUGAUCAAGCGCAGGGCCGGUGAAGCAGCGAACGAGAGCGCAUCAGUGAGUGCAAUAAGGACUGCGCGGACAAUAUUCUCUCAGACUUAAAAAAAAAAGAUAUCUGCUUUGUUUCUAAUUACUGCAUGGCCAUUUCUCAGAUAGAUUAAUUUUGAAAUCCUUUAUAUUAGCUUCGCUUUUGUUGGUGGGUUUCUUGGUGGGUUCUUGGUAAAAAUCUUCAGACGACUAAUUGACCCACUUCUCAUCAUCAUAUCCAAAUGAAAAUUGACACACAAAUUUGUUGCCUAUUACAUAAAAUUGCUGCAAAUGUUCAGCCCUACACCAACCCCCAAAAAUUACUUUUUCCUGUUUUUAAAGGGGAAAGUGCAGGAAAUAUGAUGCCACUGAUAUCACGAUAUAAAAAUCUACGAUGACGCGCUAAAUAAGAUUCCUAGAAGUAACGCAAGAGCGUUUGAUGCGUAAUAUUUUCUUUUGAUUUUCUGAAAUAAUUGUGUAAUAAAUUUGCGGUGUAGAAGCGGAUUGUCAGACUCACCCCAAAACCCCCUAAAAUAAGUUUUUUCCAAGAAUAGGAUGAAGAAAAUUUGAAUUAUAGCCACCGCUAAGGCGCACAAAAAUAAACAUGAAGGAUUCAUACGAAACAAUCUGUUUAUAGUGGUUGUUUAUUUUGUCUUUUUACAUUUGGAGCUACACAAAAUAUUUUAAGAUAUUAUAACGUUAAGAGAAAAUUUGCAAAAAAAAAAAAAAUUAUAACGGUUAAAAGUAAAUGUAACACUGGAAGAAUUAGUGGGUUCAUCAAGAACUGAAAGUUUGUAAUCAGCUGUCGAAUCUUUAACAGAAUCAUUGCCAUUGUCAUUUAUUUAGGUAAAAGUCUCACCUGUAUUUAUCAUGUAGGUAAUAGUCUCACCUGUAUGUAUCAUGUGCAUAACAGACUCAACUGUAUUUACAAUCUAGAAAACAGUCUCAUCUGUGUGUACCAUGUAUGCAACAGUCUCACCUGUAUGUAUCAUGUAUGUAACAGUCUCACCUGUAUGUAUCAUGAAUGUAACAGUACCAUCUGUGUGUAUCAUGUAUGUAAUGUAACAGUCUCAUCUUUAUGUAUCAUGUAUGUAACAGUCUUAUCUGUAUGUAUUAUGAGCAUAACAACAUCACCAUUUGUAAAUCAUGUAUGUAACAGUCUCACCUGUAUGUAUUAUGCACAUAACAGAAACAUACAUGCAUCAUGUAGUAACAGUCUCAUCUGUAUUUAUCAUGUACACAACAUGCUGAAGCAAGACUUUCAGUCGAAACAAUUUCUUAUUAUCAUGUUUUAUUAUAUAAGCUGUCACUUAUUGUCAUGGUCUGUUAUAUAAACUGUCUUUUUUUGUCUUCUUACUAUUUAAUUCACAAUGAUUUAAGAAACUAUAAUAUCUAUGUAUGGACUAUAGCACGCAGACACUCCUAUCACUAUUUACUUACUAUGGUAUUUAAUUAGCAUGGAUAAAGUUAUAAUCAAUAAGAUAAGAAUGACAAAUAUAUUAUUGAUUGUAUUACACAUUCUCUUUUACAGGCUAUUGUUGACAGAUAAUAUUUUGUUUACAUUAAAUGAGUUGAUAAAAAGCAACCAUCAUUGAUUGUUAUCACAAUUACUUCAAUGAACGAGCAAAACCGUAUAUAUAUAUAUAUGUACUGUGUACCUACUCUGAGGGUAUGAUAUUUAUUAACUUCACAAAGUAACCAGCCAAAUAAUGGCGGCGGCGAAGCGUGAAUGGUAGCUACAUCCUCUGGUGGCUACAUCCUCUGAAAGGCUACAUCCUCUGGUGGCUACAUCCUCUGGUGGCUACCUCCUCUGGCGGCUACCUCCUCUGGUGGCUACAUCCUCUGGUGGCUACAUCCUCUGGUGGCUACAUCCUCUGGUGACAUUAUCCUCUCGGGACAUCAUUCUCUGCUGUUAUCAUCCUUUGGUGGCAUCAUUUUCUGGUGGCAUAAUCUUCUGCUCGUAUCAUCCUCUGGUGGCAUCAUCCUCUGCUGGCAUCAUCCUCUGGUCACAUCAUCCUCUGGUGACAUCACCCUCUGGUGACAUCAUUCUCUAGUGGCAUCAUCCUAUGGUGGCAUUAUCCUCUGGUGACAUCAUCCUCUGGUGGCUUCAUCCUCUUGUGACAUCAUCCGCUGGUGACAUCAUCCUCUGGUGACAUCAUCCUAUGGUGGCAUCAUCCUCUGGUGACAUCAUCCUCUGGUGGCUUCAUCCUCUUGUGACAGCAUCCUCUGGUGACAUCACCCUCUGGUGACAUCAUCCUCUGGUGACAUCACCCUCUGGUGACAUCAUCCUCUGGUGACAUUAUCCUCUGGUGACAUCAGCCUCUGGUGGCUUCAUCCUCUGGUGACAUCAUUCUCUGGUUGCAUAUCCUAUGGUGAAAUCAUCCUCUGGUGACAUCAUCCUCUAGUGGCUACAUCCUCUGGUGGAUACAUCCUCUGGUGCCAACAUCCUCUAGUAGCUACAUCCUCUGGUAGCUACAUACUCUGGUGGCUACAUCCUCUGGUGUCAUCACACUCUUGUUGCUACAUCCUCCGAAUGCAAUAUCUUUUGGUGGCUACAUCCUCUGGUGGCUACAUCCUCCGAAGGCAAUAUCUUCUGGUGGCUACAUCCUCCGAAGACAAUAUCUUUUGGUGGCAUCAUCCUAGGGUUACAUCAUCUUGUGGUGGCUACAUCCUCUGGUGGCUACAUCCUCUGGUGGCUAACUCCUCUGUUGAAAUCAUCCUUUGGUGGAAUCAUCCUCUGGUGACAUCAUGCUCUUGUGGCAUCAUCCUCUGGUGGCUUCAUCCUCUGGUGCCAUCAUACUCUUGUGGCAUCAUCCUCUGGUGGCUUCAUCCUCUGGUGCCAUCAUCCUUUGGUUGCAUCAUCCUUUGGUUGCAUCAUCCUCCGGUUACACCAUCCUCUGUUGACAUCAUCCUCUGGUGACAUCAUCCUCUGGUGACAUAACCCUCUGGUGACAUCAUCCUCUGGUGGCAUCAUCCUCUGGUGACAUCAUCCUCUGGUGACAUAAUCCUCUGGUGAAUCAUCCUCUGGUGACAUCAUCCUCUGGUGACAUUACCCUCUGGUGACAUUAUCCUCUGGUGACAUCAUCCUCUGGUGGCUACAUCCUUUGGUUGCUACAUCCUCUGGUGACAUCAUCCUCUGGGGACAUCAUCCUUUGGUGAUAUCAUCCUCUGGUGACAUCAUCCUCUGGUGACAUCAUCCUCUAGUAGUUUCAUCCUCUGGUGACAUCACCCUCUGCUGGCUGUAUCCUUUGGGGGAUGUAUCCUUUGGGGGCUGUAUCCUCUGGUGGCUGUAUCCUCUGGUGGCUGUAUCUUCUGGUGGCUGUAUCCUCUAGUGGCUGUAUCCUCUGGUGGCUGUAUCCUUUGGUGGCUUUAUCCUCUGGUGACUGUAUCCUCUGGUGGCUGUAUCCUCUGGUGGCUGUAUCCUCUGGUAGCUUUAUCCUUUGGUGGUAACAUCCUCAGGUGGCAAUAUCCUCUUGUGGCAUCAUCCUCUGGUGACAUCAUGCUCUGGUGACAUCAUCAUCGGGUGGCAAUAUAUUCGGUUGGCAACAUCUUCCGGGGGAAAUAUACUCUGGAGGCAGCCUGGUCUAUUUAGUGCCAUCAUAAUCUUGACACAAUUUUCUCUGAAUAUAAAAAAUAAUAAUUUUGUUUACCCUUUCCUGGUGACCACCUUCUCUGAUGACAACAUAAUCCUGACGGCCCAUGCUCUGGUGGAAACCUGUUCUAGUGACAACCUUCUUUAAUGGCAAGCUAUUCUGGUUGGCAUCCUUUACUUGUAGGGCCCUGUACUUGUAAUUAACUAACAAUAGGUUACGAAAAAAUCUGGACCUGACUCUUUUAUAUUGUAAUGUUUCUGAUUUAGUGCCAACCCCCUGGGAGGGUGUCACCCGGCACGGACCGUAACUCUCGAAACUCCUAAUGCAGUGGUCGGCGAUCUCAUUAGUCAAAAUAGCCAAAAAUCAGCAGCAGGAAUAUUAAAAUUAUUUUGAGAGCCAAAUGUCUUUUAAAGAAUCAGUGAAGAACCAUCUUUUGCGGAGUCAAAAUCGAUUUAUGGACGACUAGCUGAGCCGCAAUCAGGUCGUCAGAGGCGUAGCGAGGGUGUUUGGCGCCCGGGGACAAGAUUUGCGCCCGGGGACAAGAUCCAUUUUAAAGCGCCCCCUUUUCUUUAUUUCAACUCUCAAACCCAUUAUUUUUACCAAUAAUAUAAUAUCAAAGCACAUUUUGUCGCCCCUAACUAGCUUGCGCACGGGAACAUCUGUCCCCCCUGUCCCCCCCCCCCUCACUACGCCUAAGCAGGUCGUUAAAUGGUCGCAUGCGGCUCGCGAGCCGCGAUUUGCCAACCACUGCCCUAGGGACACUGCUGAAUUCGUUUCACAUUAAAUAUAAUAUCAAAGCCCAUUUUGUCGCCCCUAACUAGCUUGCGCACGGGAACAUCUGUCCCCCCUGUCCCCCCCCCUCACUACGCCUAAGCAGGUCGUUAAAUGGUCGCAUGCGGCUCGCGAGCCGCGAUUUGCCAACCACUGCCCUAGGGACACUGCUGAAUUCGUUUCACAUUUCUUUUUUUUUUAUAAUCAUUAAAACCAGCUUGAAACUACCUAUUAAAAACUACCUAAAAAACAGAGACAAUAGAUUAAAGUAUAUCCUCCUUGAGUCGACACGCCCCCGGAUUAUCUACUAAACGCCCUUCAAUCUCUAUUCCUCGCCCCUACUCUCUAAGGCACAUUCCGCUCGUGAGACUAGCUUCCGUUACCUUUGACCUCUAUCUCCUAUCUGUCUGCUUCCGUUUCCUAUGUUGUGUUCCGCUUUCUGGAGCCAAUGAAACAGAUAUGGUUUAUCUCCACUGCGAUAAAUGAGUAGGUACUGGGGCGAGUAUUUUAAUACUAAAUGGAUAACAAUGAUCAAGUUACAGCAAAACAAGUCAGCAAAUAUGUUGAAAUCAUUAUGUUAAAAUGUGUUUAAAUCAUUUUGUUUAAACGUGUUUGAAUCAUUAUAUUUUAAUAUAAUUUACAUAUCUGGGAUCCAAAAUAUCGAGGACCCUCUCAAUGGAGGAUGAGAUAAGUGGAAGGAUAGGGAAGGCCGCAACUGUUAUGGCCAGACUGAAGAAAAGAGUCUGGUCAAACGCCAAACUUACAACAAGAACUAAGCUGCAGGUGUACCAGGCCUGCGUACUGAGCACACUCCUGUAUGGAUGCGCGUCGUGGACCACAUACUCUAACCACGAAAGAAGGCUCAAUGGCUUCCACCUCAGAUGCCUGCGCCACAUCCUUGACAUUAAAUGGCAAGACAAAGUCCCCAACACGGAUGUCCUGUCCCAAACAAACAUGUGUAGCGUCCCAGCCAUGUUAAUCCAAAGACGCCUCCGCUAGUUUGGACACGCCAAGCGAAUGCAACCUGGUCGCAUACCAAAGUACAUAUAAACAAACCAUUUUGUUUAAAUGUGUUUAAAUCAUUAUGUUUAAAUGUGUUUAAAUAAUUAUGUUUAAAUGUGUUUAAAUCAUUAUGUUUAAAUGUGUUUAAAUCACUAUGUUUAAAUGUGUUUAAAUCACUAUUUUUAAAUGUGUUUAAAUCAUUAUUCUUAAAGGUGUAUAAAUUAUUAUGAUUAAAUGUGUUUACAUCAUCAUGCCUACAUCAUUAUUUUUUAUAUUUUUGGGCUUUAAAAUAAUAAUUUGAGGACAACUUCAACAUAAAAGUUUUACAUAAUAUGCCACUCUAAAAGAACACAUAAAUAACAUAUGCGAUUCUUAAAGAUACCAUUAGCAUAUUUUGCUGCUUUAAAGCAUUUUUUUUUAAAUCAAUAAAUUUUCGCCAUAUUUUCUCGUUGAUCUAAGUGGGACUUGAAAUCAUAAAUCCCCCUGUAUAGCUAGUCUAAUGUCUUAAAACGUUUAGUUUAAAGUCUGAAAACUACCGGUGCUUCUGUGAAUGAGCCAUUGUCAUUGUCUGGAAGAUGUAGAAUAUAGUUUUAAUAAUAGGUUGAAGUGAAAUCGACUUAACCAGAAGCAUCACCACGGUCAAGAGCCCACUAGAGUGAACAGUAGUAAUAGGCAGGGGGCGUCACUUUGGAGGUAGGUGGGGUGCAUUGGAUGAUACAGGGAGUGUGGGUGAAACCUUAAUGGAAAUAAUUAAAAAACAAAAACAAAACAAAAAACGAAGAGAGAGCUUUCAAUUAAUUUCAUAACAGAUAGAACGGCAGUGAGGUAAGUAGCAAGAGCUUCAAUGUUGAUAGAUAAAGUAACAUAAUUUUUGUUUUAUUUUUUGCAGCUGUGGUAUUAUAUUUUGAUUUACGUCUUAUUUAAGUUUAGGACUUGAAUUGACAAAACAUAUCUCUUGAUGAGUCUCUAUGGUUUGGUACAUGAAGACGGGGGGGGGGGUGGGGGGAAAGGGUCACCAGGGGAUAUUAUAUUUUGAUUUACGUCUUAUUUAAGUUUAGGACUUGAAUUGACAAAACAUAUCUCUUGAUGAGUCUCUAUGGUUUGGUACAUGAAGACGGGGGGGGGGGGAUGGGGGAAAAGGUCACCAGGGGGUAGUCUGGGAGCUUGACACCAGUAGUUUACCUUUAUUAUAUGUCAACUCGGGCAAACUCCCAACAUUGAACCAGACGCAAACUGAGAUCUGUGAAAUAAUGUUUAAAAAUAAAACUCUCCUAAGUGAAUCUCGGGGUUGUCGCCACCUUUACCUGCAGAGGCGUGCCAUCGGGUGACAUCAGGACACAUAGAAAUGUCCUUUUAGGAAGGGGCCCGAUCGGAAGCAGGUCUUUAGACUCGGCAGUAGCCAUGGUAGCACGAAGUAAAUGAUCAAUGUCACUGAGUAAUGGCAGUGGUCAACCUUUGUACAUAAUCUAUGUUACUGGAUAAUGACAGUGGUGAACCUUUGGAAAUAGUCUAUGUCGCUGAGUAAUGGCAGUGGUCAACCUUUGUAAAUAAUCUAUGUCACUGAGUAAUGGCAGUGGUCAACCUUUGUAAAUAAUUUAUGCCAAUGAGUAAUGACAGUUGUUUCCCUAUGUAAAAAAUCUAAGUUACUAAGUAGUGGUAGGGGUAGCCCGAUUUAAAUAAUCCAUGUCACUGAGGAAUGUCAGUGGUAGCCGAUUGUAUAUAAUCUAUUAAACGGUUAACGGAAUUUUGUUUGAGAGACAUUUCUCCGACGGAUAAUUGAUCGACGGAGUUUAAUCGAACGAAAGUUUGGUCGAACCUUUUUUUCAGUCCACACGAUCAAAUUUUCGUCAAAUUAUGUUUUUGAACUUACUAUACUAUAUCCAUCCAUCCCUGUGGCGCUACAGCCCAUGUAGGGCUUUGGCCUGCCUCACUACUUCCCUUUAGUCAGCCCUAACUAAUGCUUUUCUUUUCCAUGCUUGGAUUUUCAGUUGUAGAUUUUUUUCCACACCAUCCAUCCAUCUAAGCCUAGGUCUGCCUCUGAGCCGUUUUCCUCUAGGGUCAUGCACCCUUUUCACUCCUCUGUCAUUUGGCAUUCUCUCUCAGUGUCCUGCCCAGCGUAGCCUGUCCCUUUUUAUUUCUGCUACUAUCGUGGGAUCCUAAUAUGGAUUGUACAAUUCAUGGUUGGUUUUUAUUCUCAAUCCAUAUUCAUCCUUUGUUCGUCCAUAUAUUUUCCUGAGAACUUUCCUCUCCCAUGUGUUUAAUAGAAUUUCUAACCUUUUUGUUAGGGUCCAACUUUUACUUGCAUAUGUUACAACUGGUCUGAUUACAGUUUUAUAAAUAGUUUUUUUUUUGUUUCUCUUGUAAUGUUCUUACUUUUGAGUAUUUUCAGACUACUGAAGUAUGCCCUGUUUCCGGCUAUACUAUAAAGUGAAACAAAAUAAUGCGUUCAAAAAGAAAUUUGACGCAAAAUUUUAACGCGCGGACUGAAAAACGAAAUCAACCAAAAAUCCUUUUGACCAAACUUCCGUUCGAUCAAAUUUCCGUUUGACAAAACUUCCGUCCAUUAAUUUUUUCGUCGACGAAAUUUCUUUCAAACAAUUUUCCGGAUACGCUAUUAAACUGACUAGUGAGAAAGUGAGAAUGAGAGAACAUGACCAGGCGCGAUAACUCGUGCCUUCGAUUGUUGAAAAUAUUAAGUUGCUAAGGUACUUCACUAGGAAGAUAAUCAAACGACAGAGGCAACCAUCAAGGUUAGUUCAACGUUUUAUUGUAGGAGAACAACAUGGAGUCCUACCAACAUAGACCACUCGACAAGACAGCACGACAACAAGACGUCAAUACACAAUACAAAAUGUGGUGUGCAAAACAAUGCGCAACAUUCAGUAUUUUGUCAAUUUCCAACAUCGAUUACAAAAAAAUACGGACAUAACAAACAUGUCAGCAGGAAAACUUUAUGGAGAUAUAAGCAGUAUUUGCUUCUGGCCAAAGACUAAGUCUCUUCGAUGACAUUAUCUACUUCUAUGAUUCAAGUAACCAUAUUUAUUGCAGUUGUUUUAAUUACCACCAGACGUAUUGAGAUAAAGAUAAUGACCUUUCUUACAGAGAGAUAUUUCUUAUCAAAGUCUUGGGUACAUCCACGGAUUAAAGUGACACUUUGAACUUUUCAAAAGUGAACCUUCUUCUAUAUUUUGUAGAACCUCCGUCUUCAAAUUGUUUGAUGAAUACCAUCAGUCCGUUUGCUGAGAGUUUUUGAUUUCCAAUUUUGCGUCACUAUUCUCCACAGUCCACAGUCACCCUCGUCCACAGUCACCCUCUUCCAUAGUCACCCUCGUCCACAGUCACUCUCGUCAUCAGUCACCAUCGUCCACAGUCACCCUCGUCCACAGUCAUCCUCUUCCACAGUCACCCUCAUCCACAGUCACCCUCAUCCACAGUCACCCUCUUCCACUAUCACCCUCGUUCACAGUCUCGCUCGUCCACAGUCAUCCUCGUCCACAGUCACCCUCGUCCACAGUCACCCUAUUCCACAGUCAUCCUCGUCCACAGUCACCCUCGUCUACUGUCCCCUUCAUCCACAGUCCCCCUCGUCCACAGUCACCCUCGUCCAGUCACCCUCGUCCACAAUCACCCUCGUCCACAGUCCCCCUCGUCCACAGUCACCCUCAUCCAGUCACCCUCGUCCACAGUCACCUUCGUCCACACUCACCCUGUUCCACAGUCACCCUCGACCGCAGUCAACCUCGUCCACAGUCACCCUCGUCCACGCAGUCACCCUCGUACAGAUAAACUGACGAAUUUGAAAAAAAAAAUCACAUAUUCUUGUUGUUGCUGUUUUGUCUUCCUAAAAAAAAAAAUGGCAGAAAUUGAGCUUUGUUUUGAACUGAUAUUGGGUCAGAUUUGAUCUCAGAUCAACUCUCUCUCUCUCUCUCUCUUUAGUAAUCGUUUCUUUCUGAUAUCAUCUGAGUGUGUCGUUGCCAUCAGAUAUAUACAUCCAAGGACAGCCUGUCAUGCCCGUUUUUAACGUGAAAUGUAGGAUACUUAACCAUCUGAUCUUCAUCAAAAAGACAUUUGCAAAAUAAAGCUAUACUCAGAAAUUUAUUUUUUUAAACAAAUUCAUAAAAAAAUAGCAAUCCUAUUUUAUGAUCUAACCAUUAAAGAGAGCAGUGCUGCUGGAAAGAUAAUUGACAAAUAUGUGCUUAGUGUUCAUCGCAUUAUUCAUUGCAUCAGUUUCGGCAUGCUGUGAAAGCAGACGGUGUCGGGCUUCGACGAUGUGUAAUGCAGGAGAUUCAUUAUUUUUUAAAUCACCAACCAACUAUCCCUUGAAGUGUGCAACAAAACAUAUACCCCUUCAUUGCUGUUCUCUUCCUAGCUGUGUCCUUUGUAGCAGCGCCCUUCAUAGCGGUGGCCUUGAUUGACAUCGACCCCAUACCUGUGCCCUUAAAAAAUGUGCCAUCCAUAGCUGUGCCCUACAUACGUGUGCCUUCAUAGGUGUGCCCUUCAUAGGGUGUGCCCUUCAUAGCUGUGCCCUUCACAGGUGUGCCCGUCAUAGCUGUACCCUACAUAGGUGUGCACUACAUAGGUGUGCCCUUCACAGAUGUGCCCUACAUAGGUGUGACCUUCAUAGGUGUUCUCUCUAUAGCUGUGUCCUUUAUAGCAGCGAACUUUAUAGCUGUGGCCUUCAUAGAUAUGACAUCCAUAACUGAGCCCUUCAUAGCUGUGCCAUCCAUAUCUGUGCCCUCCCCAUAAAUGUGCCAUCUAUAGCUGUGCCCUUCAUAAGUGUGCCCUUAUAGCUGUGCUCUUCAAAGCUGUGCCAUAUAUAUCUGUGCCCUUCAUAGCUGUGCCCUUCAUAGCUGUGCACUUAAUAGCUGUGCCAUCCAUAUCUGUGCCCUCCUCAUAAAUGUGCCGUCUAUAGCUGUGCCCUUCAUAUAUGUGCCCUUCAUAGAUGUGCUCUUCGUAGCUGUUCUUAAAAGAUCGUGGACAAAUUGAAAUUUGUUAAAUAUUUAGCCAGUCAUUUUUUGUGGAUAAACCUUUGUAAUAUCUACACAAUAAUUUAGUGAGCUGGAAAGCUUCAGAUAUCAAUAAAUUUGUGUCCAAUGACCACCAGUGGCCAACGAACGUCCCAUCGCGGUACCAGGGAUUGUACGAGGUUUUUUCCGAAGAAACUUCAGUCUUUUGAGUUGCUUCAAUUUACUUGAAGGAGGUUGAAACUGCUUUGUCUUACCUCUAUAGAAGAUUGAAGACCUAGCAAAAUUCUUUGAAAUGUUUCAGAUCGUUAAGAAGAUGAGUGCAAAAAGUUGAGUUGUUUAAGGAAAGAAUUCCUUCAAUGAAACGUAAAUGAAGUUGUAGCAAAGAGCGAUCAAUAGAUUACUCAUCGGGAUAGAGGCUAAAAGAACAGAAGCUUGGCAACCAAUCAAAGUGAUAGCCCAGGGAGGAAUUUUUUUGUUUUUUUUUUUUGUUUGAAUCUGUUUGUUUUAUGUUGUCGUUUUUUUUAAAAAAUAAUAAUGUCAAGUCGGGUUUUGCAAUUGAAAUGAGAGUGCAUGGAGACAUCAGGUCUAAGAAGCAUAAAUACAAGAUAAAAUAUAAAUAACAGAAAUAUCAAGCCAAUAAGAGGAGACAAUCAAGCUAACACAGAGUUAUUGAAAGUCAGAGGAAGAUAGACGUAACAGUGCAGGAAGUGGCCAGGAUGCUGCAUGGUAUCAAGUUGUCGUAAAGAGAGCAAGAGUAAAGCGCUUAUAGAUUAUCGUUACCUUCCUAGAGGAUUUCAGUUAUGAAUUGAAAGGAUACAAGCAGUUUCUUAGUAUUGUUAUUAUUUCCUAAUAAUAUAUAGUGUUACGAUUUUUUGUUAAAUCAGAUAAAAUUGUUAUAAAUAGUACGAUUUCUUCUUCUUCUUCUAUAUCUUAAGGGCCCACGAUCAAUCUAUUGAUCAUUUUGGCUGCUAUUGGAUUUGCAAUGUUUCUGUUCCUGGUGUUGAUGAGGAAAUUUCACAGAUGUCCAGUGCCACUUUGUGAGGGAAUCAUGCACUAGGGGUUCGAAGGCUUGAGGCAAUAGACACAAAUGUGUCUAGUGUUGUCGCCUCAACUGUUCCGUUUGAAAGCUUGUUCCAGUCCCUCAUUGUCUUGGGCAGGAAUGAGCAGCUCCUAUACUGGCUUCUCGCUGGUAUGAGCCUGAAUUGCCUGUCAUGGCCUCGAUUUUUGGACACAUCCAAACGCUAGUGCUCAUACAUGGAAUUAAAGAACCCCUUAAAACAAAGUUUUUCGUAUAAAUCCUUUCUACAAAUGUAAUGGCGAGUAAUGGGGGGGGGGGGGGGGGGGGGUGGCUGGACAUUUGUCAAAAUCUUCUUAGAAGUAACCUACGUUUUAAGAAUCUCAAUUAGUGCUCCCCCCCCCCACCCACUCUAUUUUUAUCCAAGGCUCACAACCGUGCACUUUUCACUCCCAUGAACUAUAUUAAUAUGCUAAUGACCCAUACGCUUUUACAUAACACAUUUAUUUCACCGACUAUUUUAGAAAAGCAAAAUCAAAUAUUACGCACCAAACGCAGUUGCGAUAUUUUUAAGGAAUCUAAUUUAGCGCACUUAUACGGAAUUUUUCUUGAUGCUCCUUGAGGAAAAACUGAUUUUUUGGGGGGUUUGUUUUAUUGGGUAGUGGGGCAUAAAAUUUGAUAACGUGAUGCCAAGAGCAACGAUUUUCAGCUCGACAUCUUGACUGGAAGUGGGUCAAUUAGGCGUCAUAAUAUUUUGUCGCAUAGCAGCUCAGUCAGCCGGCCAUCCAUCCCCCAUGAAAGCGAAGUUAAAAUAAAAGAUUUCAAAUCAAACAACCCCUAAAAACAACGUUAUAAAUCCUUUAUCAAAUGUCAUGUCGAGGAAUGUGGUUAUAAAUCCUUUAUCAAAUGUAAUGUCGAGGAAUGUGGUUAUACAUCCUUUAUCAAAUGUCAUGUCGAGGAAUGUGGUUAUAAAUCUUUUAUCAAAUGUCAUGUCGAGGAAUGUGGUUAUAAAGCCUUUAUCAAAUGUCAUGUCGAGGAAUGUGGUUAUAAAUCCUUUAUCAAAUGUCAUGUCGAGGAAUGUGGAUAUAAAUCCUUUACAAAUUGUCAUGUCGGGGAAUGUGGAUAUAAAUCCAUUAUCAAAUGUCAUGUCGAGGAAUGUGAUUAUAAAUCUUUUACAAAAUGUCAUGUCGAGGAAUGUGGUUAUAAAUUUGACUAAAACAUGCAUUGACAUAACGCACAUAAUAAAGAAUGACGAUGAAGGUUUCCAUCUCCCCCCCCCCCCCAAAAUGCUCGCAACCCAAAAUUUUUUCACAGCCCUGAACUUCAAGUGAUCCACCCACUUUUACACGGCAUAUUAAUUCAACAAAAUCUUUUACAAAAUGUCAUGUCGAGGAAUGUGGUUAUAAAUUUGACUAAAACAUGCAUUGACAUAACGCACAUAAUAAAGAAUGACGAUGAAGGUUUCCAUCUCCCACCCCCCCCAAAAUGCUCGCAACCCAAAAUUUUUUCACAGCCCUGAACUUCAAGUGAUCCACCCACUUUUACACGGCAUAUUAAUUCAACAACUUUCAGAAAAGCAAAAGAAAAUUUUAAAUACCAAACGCACUUUAGAUAUUUUUUUAAGUACCAUAUUUAGCGCAGUUAUUGGAAAUUUCAUUUUAUUUUCAUUAUCAAUUAGUCGUCGGAACAUUUUGCCAGGGAGCAAGCCACACACAAAAAAAAGCGAAGUUAAUAAAAAGGAUUUAAAAAUGAUGUUACGCUGUCAAAAGUCUGCACAUAUUAUGCAUAAAAUUAACACAGGACACAAGGAUAUUGUCUUAUUUUCGUUUAGACAAAGUUUCAUAAUGUCAAACUCAUGAAAUUAAAUAAACUAAUUUUAUCUAUCUUAGUUGGUAUGUGAAAAGAUCAUUAGUAAUUAAAUAUUAUUUAUGUAUUAGAUUAUUACUAAGUAAUAAAACAAAAUGCAUAGAUUUUAAACGCUUUUUAAAAAUCUUUUACAUUAUUAAAAUAUAUAUUUGCCUGUUUAGUGAUAAUUCAGUGGCUUAUCAUCCAUUAUAGAGCCCAGUUUCGUUAAGAUCGAUAUUUUAGUCUGAUUUGCUAGCUAGAAAUAUAUGAAUUAGUUGUUGUUUUUUCUUCAUUAGAGCAAUUGUUAUAUCAAACAAUGUUAUCGAACAAACGUAUGCAGUUUCAUGCCCUGCUCCUAAUAACCCUAGCAGAAUCCAAAUAUAUAUUAAAAAAACCGUACAGGACAAAGCUACACCAACCAUGACCCGUUGGAAUCACCCUGCGACGAUCAAAGCCUCCAGAUUUCCUUCCAGCUCAUCAUGUUUGCCAAAUGUCGACUAAAAAAAACUGUCUUGGCUCAGAUCCACUCCACUUUUAUCUUUCCCAAACUCCGUCUUAAUGUGAGUUCUGUGACCCACAUCUAAUGCACGGUCUACUCACCAAGAGGAGUCGUUGUUUACCAUCAUUACAGCUCGUCGUAUCUUAGGGGGGGGGGAAACAAAGAAAUACAGGGGCGGCACCAAGAGAAGUCGUUAUUUAAACAUUAUUAUAGAUCGGUGUAUCUUAAGGGGGAAACAAAGAAAAACAAAGGCGGCACCAAGAGAAGUCGUUUUUUUUUAAACAAUAAUUAUAGCUCGUCGUAUCCUAGAGGGGAAAAAAAGAAAUAAAGGGGCUGGGGGGGGGGAGGGACUUAAUUAAUAUUUACGUCAAAUAUUUCUAUGCAGGAGCGGAUUCUUUAAAAAAAAAAAUUAAUAUUAAAAAGGUUAGGGUGGUGGCUGAGAGACUUGGACUCUGGGACAUUAGAACCACUUCAACAUUUUUAAAAACAAUUUUCAAUCUUAAAUAUUUUUUUUUCUAAAUUAAUGAAUAAAACAAUCUAAUUAAAUUAUAACAGUAUAAUGAACUUGUGGAUGACUUAAUAUUUUGUUUCUGUUUGGCACUAUCUUUUGGAUCAGAUGAUAAUUGGAGUGCGUGUAUGUGUGUUUGUUUGUGUGUUUGUGUGUGAGCUUGGCACUGUCUGUUUCGUUCAUCUAAACAAAUUGUACGUUUUUCAUCCAUUAAAAAAAAUACCAAAGUCUCCUUCGCGAACAAGUAAAUAAACACUGUGCUAUGUCCCACAAGAUGCAUUAUUGACAGUGUGCAAUCUUGCUCAUGAUACAUUAUUGAGUGUGCUAUCGUACACAUUGUACGCUAUUGAGAGUUUGCAAUCUUCCACAUGAUACACAUUCUUGCUCCGCCCAUGGGUUUCCCCUGCAACUGUUUCUGCCGAAUUAAACGUUGACUUCCGCUAGUCAAUCACAGAGCUAUAGGCCCCUAUAUUCCCGCCAGGGGUUUAGUGUGGUACUGGAGUCUUGUGUGAAUACUGUUGAAGAGCUGAGUUCCUAAAGUAAUUUUUUUUUUUGUUUUUUUUUUUUUUGCGUUGGAAACCAUUCAUCUUUUAAAUUAAUUCAUAAAUAUUUAGAAAUCAAGAUUUUUACUUUUUUUUCCUUAUAAAAGAAUUCAAUAUUACUCGACCUCUCAAGGUAUUUUUCUCUGAACCAUCUCAACGUCUAUGUUUAUUCUCCUNCCAGGGGUUUAGUGUGGUACUGGAGUCUUGUGUGAAUACUGUUGAAGAGCUGAGUUCCUAAAGUAAUUUUUUUUUUUGUUUUUUUUUUUUUUGCGUUGGAAACCAUUCAUCAUUUAAAUUAAUUCAUAAAUAUUUAGAAAUCAAGAUUUUUACUUUUUGUUCCUUAUAAAAGAAUUCAAUAUUACUCGACCUCUCAAGGUAUUUUUCUCUGAACCAUCUCAACGUCUAUGUUUAUUCUCCUCUUUAUUGUAUCAGUAUUAGUCCGUGUCUGCAAGACACAAAAAUUUAAUGCACUUCGCAGGCACUGCACACCUUAGAAAUCAAAGUUAAUGUAAUGCAUCGACCAUACACUCAAUCAGAGUUUCAUGAACACUGUCAUUAUCUUACGAGACGAAUUGUGCAGAACACAUUAACUUGCCUUUGAUAGUGUAACGCUGUAAAUAGAUUCAAGUCUGUGCACUCUACAACUACACUCUACAAUCGCACUCUACAACCGCACUCUACAAACGCACUCUACAACCGCACUCUACAACCGCACUCUACAACCGCACUCUACAACCGCACUCUACAACCGCACUCUACAACCGCACUCUACAAUCGCACUCUACCACUGCACUCUACAACUGCACUCUACAACUGCACUCUACAACCGCACUCUACAACCACACUCUACAACCGCACUCUACAACCGCACUCUACAACUGCACUCUACAACCGCACUCUACAACCGCACUCUACAACCGCACCCUACAACCACACCCUACACCACUCUACAACCGCACUCUACAACCGCACUCUACAACCGCACUCUACAACCGCACUCUACAACCGCACUCUACAACCGCACUCUACAACUGCACUCUACAACCGCACUCUACAACCGCACUCUACAAACGCACUCUGCAACCGCACUCUACAACUACACUCUACAACUGCACUCUACAACUACACUCUACAAUCGCACUCUACAACCGCACUCUACAACCGCACUCUACAAACGCACUCUACAACCGCACUCUACAACUACACUCUACAACUGCACUCUACAACUACACUCUACAACCGCACUCUACAACUGCACACUGAAACUGCCCUAAACACUUUACGGUUCCCAUUACCUACAAAUUGAAAUGAUAAUUGUCCGGAUUGAUAAUAAAAUAAAAGGUGAUCAAGUUAUAAGCGUAACUUCAGAUUUCGUCGACAGCUAAAUCACUAAAUUAUAGAAAAAUAGUCAAUUAUCUCAUGUUGUAGCAAAAUAGUACAAAUCUCAUGUUGUAGCAAAAUAGUACGAUAUCUCAUUUGUAGCAAAAUAGUACGAUAUCUCAUUUGUAGCAAAAUAGUCCAAUAUCACAUGUUGUAGCAAAUACAACUGUGAUAUUGUAGACCAGGUAGGUAGUGCAGGGUGGUAGGUAGGUAGUGCAGGGUAGUAGGUAGGUAGUGCAGGGUAGUAACGGUUCCAGAUGCUGUUUAUGAGCCACCAUUGGAAUACGCAACAGACGAUAACAUGGCGUUGUUGUUGGGAGGGGGGAGGGGGGCUAAAAAUUUGAUCUGAUGGCUACGACUUAUCUUAAAAUGUUCAUUUGCUAAAUGAAUUUAUUUCUUCUCAAUUUGUCGGUCAAUUAUUGCCAUGGUACAGUGUCGGGCUAAUAUGUUUCCAGCGCCGUUUCAUUAGUUGUCUCUGAAAAUUAUAUUUCAAAUCGAACAAAUAUGUAUACAUAUAUAUAUAUAUCGGAUAAUAGUUGACGAUAAAGAAAAUACAAAAAUGCAACGACAAACAAAGGUAGAUGUUUGCAAACAUUGCGUUCCAAUUAUUGAAUAGCAAAAGCACUCCCUCCACCGUUUAAGGACCGCUAGUCUACACAUGUACGAACAUCGGAAAAAUAUUUAAAGUGUACACACAAAAAAAUCGUCCCUUGUAAGCUUGCAGCAAGCCUCAUGAGUCAGGCGUCACUAAAAAACACGCUAUCAAUAGUGACGCAGAGUGGGUUCACCCGAUACUUGUGGUGGCGAGUGUGAUCAAGACAGGGCCCUUAUUGUCAAGGAGAGCACGCACUAGGUUCAGAUAACAAUGACGUGGUCCGUUAUAUGUGUGGUCGUCAAAUAUAUAAUGAUAUACUUCAGGGUAUAAGAUGCUGUGAGACCAUUGGUGAUGUUUAUCAUUCACUAACUAUAGUUUCAUAAGAUAAUUUGCUUUGGGAUAUUUUCAUUAUUUGUCGUAGAAACUAUUGGACAACAAGUGUCAUGUAUACAUGAUAAUUAUGCAAUAGUUCAGAACAAUUUCAUUGUAUUAUUCGACUUUGACACAUCGCGUUAACCAAAAACCUAGAAAUGUAUUUUUGCUGAUCGAUGGCGUGGGAAGGGGCGUGUGGAGUUUGUGCGCCCCUAGCCUCACUAUUUCAGCUCUUGAUACUGCGGUGUGGGCGGCACUAACACUGGCUGCGCCCCUGGCUGCUGAUAAUGGCCAUAUGGUUUUAGCUAGCCUGUAAGAUAAUGUUCUUCUCGAUGAUAUGAAUGUAGUAGUUCACACCCUUGGGUCACAACGACAUUUCCGUUUAUGCUGCAUCCUUUUAAUGUAAAGACCUUCAGAUAAAAAUACUGCAAAAUAGAAUGGGAUUCGGUGGUACAUUGCUUAUAGUAGAUACUUGCAAAGAUAUCACGGUACAAUGCUUGUAGUACAUGUUUUGUAAAGAUAUCAUGGCAAAUUGCUUAUAGUGGAUGCUUACAAAGAUAUUAUGGUACAUUUUUUUCUAGUAGAUGCUUGAAAGAUAUCAUGGCACAAUGCUUAUAGCAGAUAUCAAUUUUCAGCCCUAUCAUUACAACCACAAAUAAGUUUUUCCUUUUGUCAAAGGAAAGAUGAAGGAGAUACAAUUCCCGAUAAAUGCGCAAAAGGAGAUCUUAAAACAAAGAUGUCGCAAGUGCUUUAGGUGCGCAAUAUUUCCUAUUCUUUUUCUGAAAUAGUUGGUGAAAUGAAUGUGCGUCGUAGAUAUGGGGGGAUGGGGGAGGGGGGGGGACAUUAGAAUGUUAAUCUAUAUAUAUAUAUAUAUAUAUAUAUAAAUGAAUGUUUGUAUGUAUGUCUGUCUGUAUGUCUCGUAUGUCUCCUACACCAUUCAUGCGAUUGCGACAAAACUUUACACAGUUGUUUUCCACAUAACCGGCCAUUUAACUUAGUCAUUAAAAACCUUAUCAAGUGUUCCGUUCCUAGCCGUUGGCCCUUAAUUCGUUUUUUUUUCUUAUAUGAGCUCUGUAAAAUAUUUUCCACAUGCGCUACUACGCCAUUUAUCCGAUUCAUAUAAAACUUUGGGGAAAUGUUGCGAGCAUGUCUAUAAACAUUUCUAAUUUAUUACAAUCGUUUUAAAUUAUUCAGUUUUGAGCCAGGGGCCUCACAUUCGUUUUUCCUUAUAUGAGCUAUAUAAAUAUAUUUUCAAACCAUAUGCGCUCCUACACCAAUCAUGCGAUUGCUACAAAACCUAGUGAGUUGUUGUCCAUACGCCAGUGCAUUUUACUGUGUUAUUUAAACACUUUUAAAAACAUUCUGUUUUCGGCCGUUGGCCCUUAAUUCGUAUUUUUUGUAAUAUGCGCUUUGUAAAAAAUAAUUUUCAUAUGCGCUCCUACGCCAUUUAUCCGAUUCCAAUAAAACUUUGGUGAGAUGUUGCAAACAUGUCCAUAAAGGAUUCUAAAUAAUUACAACCGUUUUAAAGUAUUCAGUUUUGAGCCAGGGGUCUCAUAUUCGUUUUUCCUUAUAUGAGCUAUAUAAAUAUAUUUUCAAACCGUAUGCGCUCCUACACCAAUCAUGCGAUUUUUACAAAACUUAAUGAGUUGUUGUCCAUGCGCCAGUGCAUUUUACUGUGUUAUUUAAACACUUUUAAAAACAUUAUUUUUUCAGCCGUUGGCCCUUAAUUCGUAUUUUUUCUAAUAUGAGCUUUGUAAAAAAUAUUUUUCAUAUGCGCUCCUACGCCAUUAAUCCGAUUGCAAUAAAACUUAAAAAAAACUUUGGUGACAUGUUGAAAGCACGGCCGCUAAGGUUUUUAAAUUUUUAUAAACUUUUCAAAAUAUUCCAAUUUUAGCCAGCUGCCUUAUUUACGUUUUUUUUCUUAUACGAGCUAUAUAAAUAUAAUUUCAAACCGUAUGCGCUCCUGCACCAUUCACGCGAUUGCGACAAAACUUUGACGAGUUGUUAUCUAUAAACAUAACCAUUCAUUGACCCAAAUUCUUAUUUUUUCUUAUAUGCGCUUUGUAAAAAAUAAUUUUCUAUGCGCUCCUAUACCAUUUUUCAGAAUGCGAUAAAAAUUUAGUGAGAUGUUGUUCUAUCGCCCACAAAAAUUCUUAAAUUACUACAACCGUUUUAAAAUAUUCAGUGUUGAGCCAGGUGCCCUAUGUUUGUUUCUUACAAAAUGAGCUAUAUAAAUAUAAUUUCAAACCGCAUGCGCUCCUACAUCAUUCAAGCGCUUGCGAUAAAACUGAGGUGAGUUGUUGUCCAUAAGCCAGAGCAUUUUUCUAAGCCAUUAUAACUCUACUAAAAUAUUCCGUUUUUUUGGCAAUCGCCCCAAAUUCGUGUUUUUUUCCAUACAUUAGGAGCUUUAUAAAAAAUAAUUUCCGUAUGCGCUCCUCUACAUUAUUACAAUGCGAUAAAAUUUUAGAGAGAUGUUGUGCGCGCGCCCGCCCGCAAAGGUUUCUUAAAUGAUUACAACCAUUUUAAAAUACUCCGUUUUUAGCCAGGGGUCCUAUGUUCGUUUUUUUCUAUAUAAGCUAUACAACUAUAAUUUUAAGCUAUACAACUAUAAUUUCAAACAGAGCUAAAGCAUGAAUGGAUAACUUUUUAAUCAAAUACAAAUAGUGAUAUUAAAUUGAUUGUGUGACAUAUUAAGUAGGUUUCUGAAGUAAUACAACAAUUCUACAAUAUUCCAUUUGUGGAGGGGGGUCCUAAAUUCGUUUUCCACACUUCUAUUAUCUAUAUAAUUAUAGUAUGCAUUUCUAUACCAUUCAUUCGAUUGUGAUCAAACUGGGUCAAGUGAAAUGCGCACUACCGAAAAUGUUUCUAAAUUAGAAAAAAAAAAUUUACAAUAUUCCGUUUGGGCCAGUGACCCUAAUUUCAUAUUUUCUUCUAAGAGCUUUGUAACUAUAAUUUCAAACAGAGCUAUUGCAUGUGUGGAAGUAGCUGAAUCCGCCGGCAAAUUUUUCAAAUUUAGUACAUCCAUUGUACAAUAUUCCAAUUAGGGCUGGGGACCCUAAAUUCAAUUUAUUUUCUUAAAUGAGCUUCAUCAAUAUAAUUUAUAACGAAGAUAUCAACACUACCGCCCUUGAACAAAUGACACAUUUGUAGUAAAGCAGAGAAAACACGUUUUUACAUUUUUAGUGUAGAGAGUAUUUUUGUUAUGUGUAUAAAUAAGCUUGAAUUUUGUGACGCAUUUUAGAAUCGGAAAUGACAUCGAAAUCGCGUUUUUUUUUUUUAACUAAGAGUAUUUCUUGAAUAGAGUCUUAUAAUUUCGGAGUUGUUUUGUGUUAUGUAAAUACAUUUUACACCAAUCGAUGGUUUCUCAAGUAAUUAAAUAACACACUUGACAGCGUAGAUAUUGAACUAUGGUCAUUUUUUACCGCUGGAAUUUACGAUUUAUAAAUUAAUGAGAAACUAUACAACUGGAAAUCUCCUGCCAACAAUGAACGUACCUAUUGUGCGAGGUUUUCAUGUAAAAAGAUGGGAGAUCCUAACGUGUAAGAAUUACAUUCACCAUCAAAACCAUUAUCAUUGUUGGUAUCAGGUGACAAUAGCCAAUCGAAACAUUUCUUGGCAAACAUACGCAAAUGCAAUUCAUGUUUCCAAAUGACAUCGUUCGGUGCAACAAAUAUCGUGCGCGAGAAUUACAUGCCAACAUUUAAAGUAAAGUGAAAGGCCAAAUUUACCAUCGUGUAGGAUCUCUGAUGCCAAUGCCAAACACAGAUCACAAAUGUCUUCAAAUGAUUUCAUGGGGAAUACUGAUGAGCAAAUCGAUCAACGUUGUCAUAUCAAUACGGGCACUAAACGAGAAAUCGUCGCUGCAAUGCAAAAGUUUUUUUUUUUGCAACACAACGAAUUAAUUCAAAUGUAUAGAAUUGCACUUGAAAAGAUGCCGACUGAUGAAUACAAAGUCAUAGUUAGAGCAGACUAAACACCUGUCGGCCAACAUGAAAGAUAAUACAAUGCACCAACAAUUGAUGAAGUGGCGAUCAUUAUAGUUGACAAAGAAUUUAACUCAAGUGAUAUAAUUCUUCAUCACAGAAGUGUUGAUGUUCAGCGAGUCUCAGAAACUCAUCGCUCAUACGUUUGAUUGCAAUAUCCUAUUUUAUUUUGGCAACGAGAAGAUGGAUAUCAUUUUGACAUCAAAUUGAGAAAUUCGAAUAAGAAAGACAGUGCCAUGAAAUACUAUUCAUAUCGAUUGAUGAUUGAUGAGUUGGGAAUGACCUCUCGGAAUUGAUCUGCAAACAAACUUUUCGCUCUUGAUUUGCAACGAGAAACGCACUUUGAUAUCGAAGCAUUAGUUACGGUACAUUUUUUCAAAUGAAUCUUCCGAAAUUGGUUACAUUGAAGUUACUAUUUUAAAUGGAAAAUUUAAAAUAGGUGAUGUACUUUUGCCAUUCACCCCAAUGAUUCCAACAUAUAUGCCAUUUGAAUUCAAACGCCUACAGUUUCCGAUGCGACACGCGUCUACAAUGACUAUCUUCAAAGCACAGGGACAAUCGCCACAAGUUUGCGGACUAAAUUUGGAAAACCCAUGCUUCGCCCAUAGACAGAUGUAUGUAACCUGCUCUCGCUUCGGAAAAUCUUCUGAUUUAUUCGUGUAUAUACCAGAUGGAAAAACAAGAAAAACUUUGAGUAUUUAAAAGCUCUUGAAGAAACAUAACAUGCAAACACUUUCUUUCCUUGAGUGGCAUUGCAACGCAUGCCGGGUACUCGCUAGUAUGAAAUAAAAAAUAAUAAAGAGAUAUAAAGAAUUUAUUCUAAAAACGUUUGUUUUAGGGGUUGUUUAAUUGUUAUUCCAAAAUUAUGAAAUUGUGUAUGCCACAUUGUCAAGGUCGUCCCUAAGUUCAAAGAGGCUCGCAAAAUUCUUCCAAUCAAUGAAUCCCGCUGAAUCUGUCUGUCAUUGCGCCAUCUGUCGACAAAUUCUUGCGCGAAAUGUUCUUGUGCAGAAUGUGAAAAGGUUGGAUGGGACGCCCCUCGAUGCUGCUGUGACAACGACUUUAUGAGGAUCGUGGUAAUGGAAAAUACCGGUGGAUUGCAGCUGUUGGUCUGUUGGUUUCUUGUUGCACAGAGCCUUUUUUGUUACGGAGUAGUACUACGAUUGUCGAUCGUACCUUUGAAACGUUUCUGCUGUCCGCCUGUUAUGUACAAGCUCGCCAUUCAAUAAUCUAUAAGGCAAGUGGUCGUCUUACAUUCCCAAAAGCUGGUGCACCCAACUUAGCUGGGAAGAUAGUAGAAAGAAGUGAAUUCUAAGGGCGGGGGGGGGGGGUUCCUGCCUAGUAAUAUCUCGGUGUCUGGCUCCUUGUCCUGCCUUUGAGAGUAUAUCGGUGUCUGUGUCUUUGUCCUGCCUUUGGGAGUAUCUCGGUGUCUGUGUCCUUGUCCUGCCUUUGGGAGUAUCUUGGUGUCUGUGUCUUUGUCCUGCCUUUGAGAGUAUCUCAAUGUCUGUGUCCUUGUCCUGCCUUUGAGGGUAUCUUGGUGUCCUUGUCAUUGUCCUGCCUUUGAGAGUAUAUCUGUGUCUUUGUCCUGCCAGUGCAAACAUCUCGUUGUGUAUGUAAUUUUCCUCCCUUUUGAUGUUGGGGAUGUUUCUUAGGCUGGUCGUUUGAAAGAUUUUCAUUGUUCUAUCUUGGCGUACUCAGGCUGUCCACGUUUUAAAUGCAUAGAGUAUGGUAGUGAGUACGGUAUUGUGGUAGACUUUUAAAGGCACAUAGUAGGGUAGUGAGUACAGAAUCCUGAUAGACUUUUAAAGGCAUAGGGUAAGGUAGUGAGUACAGUAUCCUGAUAGACUUUUAAAGGCAUAGGGUAGGGUAGUGAGUGCAGUAUCCUGAUAGACUUUUAAAGGCAUAGGGUAGGGUAGUGAGUACAGUAUCCUGAUAGACUUUUAAAGGCAUAGGGUAGGUUAGUGAGUGCAGUAUCCUGAUAGACUUUUAAAGGCAUAGAAUAGGGUAGUGAGUACAGUAUCCUGAUAGACUUCUAAAGGCAUACAGUAGGGUAGUGAGUUCAGUAUCCUGAUAGACUUUUAAAGGCAUAAGGUAGGGCGGUGAGCAUAAUAUCCUAGUAGACCUAUUGUUUAAUUUUUGUUCUGGUACACACCUAGAUGUUUAGACACAUGCAUAGAAGUUUAGACAGAUGAUGUAAUAUAGAAAUUAUAGAGAGGGUGGCAUUCAUAACAAGACAGACUGCUACACAAAUCAGCUGGGUUUAUCAACUGACGACACUUCUAAAUCUGACCAAGUCUGAAAUUGAUAACCUCAGGGAUCAACUAAUGAUAAUUCUAAGGCAAAUUCAGUCUGAACAACUUGAUAAUCUAAAGACAAAACAAUUUGAGUGAACCUUUUUGUUGUUAUGCUGGUUUUUAAACUGUUGGUCUGACUGGGGGGGGGGGGGGUUUUAAUUGUUUUUUUUGAAGGGUUUUUUUUUUUUUUUUUUUUUUUAUUUUGACUUGAUGGUGUGGGGGCGGGGAGGGCGUGUUCACAUGGAUUUUCUGAAGGGCUUUUAUUUAUUUAUUGUUUUCUUCACCUCCCGUUCUUAACAUUUCAAUUUAUUUCCACAGGUUUGGUCAUUUAAUGGCGAAAAUCUAUUAAUAGAAGAUCAGGUCGCACAGUCUGGCAAAUCUCUUAAAGAUAUGAAAAAAAAAACAUCAUGAUAUUCCUUUUGGCCAAUCUGUCAUUAUCUGUUCGGUACUUCUACGUUAAUGUGAGCCAGCAUAAUGCGUGUUAACCUGUACAAAAACGUGUUUACAACUUUAUUUUACGAAAUAUUUUACAAACAAAUCGUAACUGCUGUAUCUUUGCGGAAAUACAUUGUUAGAAGCCUAUUUGCGAAAAUAUUGUCUGAAAUGUUAAGAUUUUGUAACUGAUGUUUUACGGACUUAGAUAUUAGAAACCCUAUUAAGGCGGCAAGAGAAAACUGGUCUCAGUAUUAUACGAGAUGACUCUGUGAAUGGUCUACCCCAUGGCUCUGUGAAUGGUCUACCCCAUGGCUCUGUGAAUGGUCUACCCCAUGGCUCUGUCAAUGGUCUACCCCAUGGCUCUGUGAUUUGUCUACCCCAUGGCUCUGUGAAUGGUCUACCCCAUGGCUCUGUGAAUGGUCUACCUCAUGGCUCUGUCAAUGGUCUACCCCAUGGCUCUGUGAAUUGUCUACCCCAUGGCUCUGUGACUGGUCUACCCCAUGGAUCUGUGAAUGGUCUACCCCAUGGCUCUGUGAAUGGUAUACCCCAUGGCUCUGUGAAUGGUCUACCCCAUGGCUCUGUGACUGGUCUACCCCAUGGCUCUGUGACUGGUCUACUCCAUGGCUCUGUGAAUGGUCUACCCCAUGGCUCUUUGACUGGUCUACCCCAUGGCUCUGUGAAUGGUCUACCCCAUGGUUCUGUGAAUGGUCUACCCCAUGGCUCUGUGAAUGGUCUACCCCAUGGCUCUGUGACUGGUCUACCCCAUGGCUCUGUGACUGGUCUACUCCAUGGCUCUGUGAAUGGUCUACCCCAUGGCUCUGUGACUGGUCUACCCCAUGGCUCUGUGAAUGGUCUACCCCAUGGCUCUGUGAAUGGUCUACCCCAUGGCUCUGUGAAUGGUCUACCCCAUGGCUCUGUGAAUGGUCUACCCCAUGGCUCUGUGAUUGGUCUACCACACUUAAAAGUGGUAGAUUAAAAAGUUUAUUUUAACACUGAAGCUUCGUGUCCUUUCAGUAUGAUAAUUAAAGAUUACUUUGGAUUUUUUUGUGUUUUCCCCAUGUUAAAUAAAGAAUGAACAUUGAUUACUGACGUAGUCGGGGGCCCGUGUCGACCAUAGAGCGAAUUUAAUGGGGAACAGUUUGUUUAUCACACCGUUGUGCAGUAAUGGAUCCUUACAACAGGUGGCUGGUCUGUAUUUUAUCAAAGAGGACUCUAAGCUAACACAUAAUAUCCUAACUACCGUCCAACAGAAAUUGUAUUCUUUAAAUUCCAAACAAUUCCACGAUAAACAAUACUGGUAGUUUAAACAAACCUUUAAAUGUCCCUUUAUUUUUUUAUUUUUUUAUUUUUUUUUUUCAAAUGACAAUUUCUAAUAUUUUUUUUUAUUUCGUAAAUUUAUUAUAACGCAAAAAUUACCAACUCAAACCGUGAAUGCCUAUAUGCUGUACGUUUUGCUAUCAAAACUGGUGUAUUGCGUGCGUGUUGAGAACCUCUGCUCCGUGGAUGACGCUAACAAUACUACUUUCACUUACGCUGCAGCCCCUGACGUCCCGUUGUGACAGAAUGACGCUAACAUUACUACUUUCACUUACGCUGCAGCCCCUGACGUCCCGUUGUGACAGAAUGACGCUAACAUUACUACUUUCACUUACGCCGCAGCCCCUGACGUCCCGUUGUGACAGAAUGACGCUAACAUUACUACUUUCACUUACGCCGCAGCCCCUGACGUCCCGUUGUGACAGAAUGACGCUAACAUUACUACUUUCACUUACGCCGCAGCCCCUGACGUCCCGUUGUGACAGAAUGACGCUAACAUUACUACUUUCACUUACGCCGCAGCCCCUGACGUCCCGUUGUGACAGAAUGACGCUAACAUUACUACUUUCACUUACGCCGCAGCCCCUGACGUCCCGUUGUGACAGAAUGACGCUAACAUUACUACUUUCACUUACGCCGCAGCCCCUGACGUCCCGUUGUGACAGAAUACACAAAUUACACCUUUGUUUUCUUUGGUUGUUUUUUUUCCCUUGCACGCAUUCUGUUGUCAAAUGAAAUCAAGUUAAGGCGGGCAGAGGUUUUCACGUACCACACCGUUGACCUCCGUAAGGCCAGGAGUAGGUAUGUAAAGGUCACGUGAAGACGCAGGUAUACUUUUGUUUAACGUCACCACACAUUUUCUUACGCUGACCUACAAAAUAUUUAAAAACCUGUUUCUUGUUAACGGAAAAAAAAAUACCAGAGACAGCCGAGCCAAAGACCCACAUUCAAAUAACUUCUGUAAUGACACGGUCCAGUUAUAGGCCCACAUUCAAAUAACUCUAGUAGUGAGACGGUCAAGCCAAAGGUCCACAUUGAAAUAACUCCCGUAGUGAGACAGCAAUAGGCCCACAUUCAAACAACUCCAGUGGUGAGACAGUCCAGUCAUAGGCCCACAUUCAAACAACUCCAGUGGUGAGACAGUCCAGCCAUAGACCCACAUUCAAACAACUCCAGUGGUGAGACAGUCCAGUUAUAAGCCCACAUUCAAAUAACACCCGUAGUUAGACGAUCCAGUUAUAGGCCCACAUUCAAAUGAACUCAAGUAGUGAGACAGUCUAGCCAUAGACCCAAUUUCAAAUAACUCCCCUAGUGAGACAGUCCAGCCAUUGAUCCACAUUCAAAUAUUUUCCGUAGUGAGACAGUCCAGCCAUGGAUCCGCAUUCAAAUAACUCCCGUUGUGAGACAGUCCAGCCAUGGAUCCACAUUCAAAUACUUUCCGUAGUGAGACAGUCUAGUCAUGGAUCCACAUUCAAAUAACUCCCGUAGUGAGACAGUCUAGCCAUGGACCCACAUUCAAAUAACUCACGUAGUGAGACAGUCUAGCAAUGGAUCCAUAUUCAAAUAACUCCCGUAGUGAGACAGUCUAGCCAUUGACCCACAUUCAAAUAACUCCCGUAGUGAGACAGUCUAGCCAUGGACCCACAUUCAAAUAACUCCCGUAGUGAGACAGUCUAGCCAUGGACCCACAUUCAAAUAACUCCCGUAGUGAGACUGUCUAGCCAUGGACCCACAUUCAAAUAACUCCCGUAGUGAGACAGUCUAGCCAUGGACCCACAUUCAAAUAACUCCCGUAGUGAGACAGUCUAGCCAUGGACCCACAUUCAAAUAACUCCCGUAGUGAGACAGUCUAGCCAUGGACCCACAUUCAAAUAACUCCCAUCUAAUACUCUGCAUGUAAGAGCCGUGCUAUGAAGGGCCCAUUUAAUACCCUAUAUUUAAGAGCCGUCCUGGGAUAGGCCCAUCUAAUACCCUAUAUGUAAGAGCCGUGCUGGGAUUGGCCCAUCUAAUACCCUAUAUGUAAGAGCCGUGCUAUGAUAGGUCCAUCUAAUACCCUAUAUGUAAGAGCUGUACUGGGAUAGGCCUAUCAAAUACCCUAUAUGUAAGAGCCGUGCUAUGAUAGGCCAUAUAAUACCCUAUGUGUAAGAGCAACCUUGGAUAGGCCCAUCUAAUACCAUAUAUAUAAGAGCAACUGAGGCUAGGCCCAUCUAAUACUCUAUAUGUAAGAGCCGUGUUGGGAUAGGCCCAUCUAAUACUCUAUGUGUAAGAACCGUGCUGGGAUAGGCCCAUCUAAUACUCUAUGUGUAAGAGCCGUGCUGGGUUAGGCCCUUCUAAUACCCUAUAUGUAAGAGUCAUGCUGGGAUAGGCCCAUCUAAUACCCUAUAUGUAAGAGCCGUACUAUGAUAGGCUCAUCUAAUACCCUAAAUGUAAGAGGCACCUUCGAUAGGCCCAUCUAAUACCAUAUACGUAAGAGCCUUGCUGGGAUAGGCCCAUAUAAUAACCUAUAUAUAAGAGCCGUGCUGGAAUAGGCCCAUCUAAUACCCAAUAUGUAAGAGCCACCUUGGAUAGGCCCAUCUAAUACCAUAUAUGUAAGAGCCUUGCUGGGAUAUGCCCAUGUAAUAACCUAUAUGUAAGAGCCGUGCUGUGAUAGGCCCAUCUAAUACCCUAUAUGUAAGAGCCGUGCUGGGAUAGGCCUAUCUAAUACCCUCUAUGUAAGAGCCACCUUGGAUAGGCCCAUCUAAUUCCAUAUAUGUAAGAGCCUUGCUGGGAUAGGCCCAUGUAAUAACCUAUAUGUAAGAGCCGUGCUGGGAUAGGCCCAUCGAAUACCCUUUAUGUAAGAGCCGUGCUAUGAUAAGGCCAUUAAAUCUUCCAUGACCAGUUUUUCAAUUUCGUUCCCUAUUCAUCGAUCAAGCAGCGAGGCACCAUUUUAAAUAGAAGUGUCGUUCUCAUGAGAUUUCAAGAUAAUUAUUAUUAUAAGAGUGAGUUUAGUGAGAAGAACCUGAUCCUAUGAUGACAAACAAACAGCAUUUAAUUCGGCCUUGACAUUAUGUGUUUAUGUAAAGUCUGAAGGUAAACGAGUCACCGAAAUAUGUAAUUACGUGUCACCAUCAAAUAAUUUUCGUUAACAACUAGCUUUAGUUAAGUAACUACAUCAUCAAUGUUUUUGAUAUCCUUUCAUCUAUUCAGUAUAAUGUGUCAAAUAUAGGAAAUAAAGAGUUUAUGAGAAAUUAUAUUGUUGUGAAAAUAUCACGUCAUAUUAACAAACAGUAAUUUUGCAAGUUUAUUUUUAAAUUGAACAUUAAAGUCAAUAAUGUCACAAGUUUUGAAUUUAUUUUUUUUUUUUUAUUUCAGAUUUAAAAAAAAUCACCUUCAAUCAACUAUUGCUACUUUGCUGUCAAAAUUAUAACAAAAUACCGUAAUAGUCGGCUGACACCGUAGUGAUGUCUUCGGACAACGGUAGCGAGCAGUUAAAAGAAAACAAGAUUCCUAAAGCCGUCUCAACGAUUCGCAACUCUGGUGAGACACGGUACGUUCAGGGCGUAGCUCGGAUUCCAUCAGACAACUUGUCCAGAAGUCCCAAACCGAACAGAACCAGUCUGCGCCGGCACCGGGAUGGGGCUGAGCGACACUCCUCUGAGUCGGACGACGGCAUGCCCAGGAACAUCCACCACCACGUCAGGUUCGCGAACAGCUCACGUGACCUAGAGGCGUCAAGGGAUGACACGAAUAAGAAUGCGUCACGAGUCAUUGACACUAUUGACGAGAAGAAGCCCACCUCCAGGGAGAAGAAGAUGCAGAAAUUCGGGGUUGGAAAGGAGGACGUUGAGUUGGAUAUCAGCGAUGAGGAUGAGGAUGAGAAUUACGAUCAGUUCCAGACGCCGCCAUCGACGCCGAGUCAACAAAUUUUUCAGCGUCAUCAAUUCAAAGUACAAGACAAUGGAAGUAGUCAGCUAGCAUCUGAACCUAGUCACGUUGAUUGCACGAAAGAACAAAGUGAAUCUGCCUCAGAGGUGCCUGCCUCGGAAGAGUUUCAAAGGGCAGGGUCAGAGGGCAGGGAAUCGUCUUCCGGCUCUGACCAGACGUACGAAGAUGCCAAAGAAACGCAGCCGACCAAUCUACAGCUGCCCGCUUCACCUCGUUAUGC